AUGAUCACCUUUCAGGUCCCAAUACGCGUGUUGUCGCGAAAAUAUCAUCUGUACUCAAUCCUUCCAUUCCUCUCUCGAAGACUCUCCUCCACGACAUCUCAAGCUGCGCCAAGCAGUGAAUCGCAUGAAGACUUCUUCCGGUAUACCACGGGUCGCUGGCUCUGGAAUGAAGAGGAGCAACUCCGCCAGCGCUAUCGCAGGUUUAAUGUCUGUGAACUACAAAAGGUGGCUGCCCAGGCACUGGGUCGCAGUUUGUCCUCCGCGUCGUCAACGCGUCAUUGCGUGGAAAUGAAGAAGAUCGCAGAAGGUAAUUAUUACAAGGUAUUUCGCUUGCAAAUGGAUGACGGCAGGGCGGUCAUGGCGAGAAUUCCUCAUCCGAAUGUACGACCUGUCAUGUAUGCGAUGGCGUCGGAAGUUGCGAUGGUGGACUUUGCUCGAUCCGUGCUGGGUAUACCCGUGCCCAAGGUUCUAGAGUGGAAAGCGUCUCUUCAUGGCAAUCCUGUGGAAGCUGAGUAUAUUAUUAUGGAGGAGGCGGAGGGUACGCUCUUGUCUGAUGGAUGGCAUACCAUGAAGCCUGCUGAGAGAGAGAGCAUCAUUGAUGGGAUUGUGGAGGUGCAACAGAAGCUCGUUUCGGUUGCUUUGAAUCUCUCUGGGCCUCUCUAUUUUGCAAACAGCGGGUUUCAGGGAUGUUCGGCUGCAGAGAUUAUCGCUGGUGGCUCGCCAUCUGCCAGAGAAAUAGUCAAAGACCGGUUCGUCAUAGGACCAACUGUCGAUGCGUCUUACUGGGAAAAAGAGAGGGCAUCCAUGCCUAUUGAUCGUGGACCAUGGAAGUCAGCUGAAGACUACGCCAAAGCCAUCGCGUAUCGCGAGAUAUCAUGGAUUACGCGGCAUGCUAAGGACAAUCCACUUGAUCCACACUACACAUACGAAGCAGCCCAGACUUCGCCAGAAGCCCAUAUUGAAUUACUUGAGCGAUACAUGUCUGUUAUAGGAAUGCUCAUUCCCAAACAGGCUGAUUUUACCAGGUCUACGCUUUGGCAUUCUGGGUUCAAUCAUGACAAUUUAUUUGUGAAUAACGGUAAGAUAUCAAGCGUGGUGGAUUGGCACCGCGGUGGCAUUUUACCCUUGAUUUUCCAGGCCGAUAUUCCACCGCUGGUGAAAUAUUGGGGGGAAAAGGUACUGAAGCGCCCUGAGAACUUCGCUGAGCUCAACCAAGAUGAAAAAGAUAAGGUGCUGAAGCAAAUAUCGUCAAGCACCAGGCAGGAAUAUUACAAAAUGCAAACCGCUUUGGAAAAUCCUCUUGUGGCACGUGUGCUCGAGAUACCUCAACUACAAAUGAUACGGUAUCUGACAACACUUGCAAGUGAUUCAUGGACCCACGAGAGCGGGAUUCUCAAGCUCCGCGAGGUCCUCCUGAAAGUUAUGAGACGCUGGGACCAAUUCAAUCUGAAAACGUCAUGCCCAUAUCAUUUCUUAGACACUGAUAUCGAACAGCACCUCAAAGCUGGGGAAAACUUCAAUGCAUCUCAAGACUUCUGGGAGUCUCUGGAUGGUAUCGUCGGUCGGGAUGGAUUCACGUGGCACCACUAUUUUGAUGCUGCAGCGUAA